AUGACUGGGAAUGACGAGAAGGAAAAAGAGGCCUUGAGAAAGUGUCUAGCCAAGGAAUUUGAGACGAAGGAGCUUGGUAGACUGAAGUAUUUCUUAGGGAUUGAAGUAGCUCGCUCCAGUGAAGGGUUCCUUAUUUCACAGCAGAAGUAUGUCACAGACCUCUUAAGAAAGACGGGGAAAUUGGCAUUCCAACCAGCAUCCACACCGAUUGACAUAAAUAAAAAACUGGAAGAAGCAAGUGAGAGUCCAGCAGCAGACAGGGAGAUGUAUCAAAGGCUGGUUGAAAAGCUCAUUUAUUUAACUCAUACCAGACCAGACAUUGCAUUUGCCGUGAGUGUUGUGAGUCAUUUUAUGCAAGCUCCCAAGGAGGCUCACUUGCACGCGGUAAACAAAAUACUACACUACCUGAAGGGAAAUCCUGGUAGAGGUGUUCUAUUCAGAAGGAAUGGUGGAAUGUCACUUGACGUCUAUACCGAUGCAGAUUACGCAGGCUCUCCUAUUGAUAAAAGAUCUACCUUAGGCUAUUGCACAUUUCUUGGAGGUAAUCUUGUGACGUGGAGAAGUAAGAAACAGAACGUGGUAGCAAGAGCAAGCGCAGAGGCCGAGUUCAGGGCAAUGGCACUAGGGAUAUGCGAGUUACUGUGGAUCAAGAUAAUCCUAGAGGAUUUAGAAAUCAAGUGGGAAUGA